CAGCAUGGCCGGAGAUGGCGGCGGCGGAGAGGCUCCGGCUUUGCACCCGGGCAGGCUCCUGGGGCAGAAUCGGAAAUUCUUGGACUUCUUUUGGGACAUCGCCAAGCCCGACCAGGAGGUCCGCUUGGCGGCCACCGAGGGCCUGAUCCGCUACUUGCAGGAGAACCAGGAGGAUGAUGAUGCUCUGAAGUACACAUUGAAGCGCCUGAUUGAUGGAUUGGCAGCCACUCGGGAGGCAUCCCGGCCAGGAUUCAGUCUGGCAUUGGCUCAGGUGUUGCAAGUUUUUGAAGAGAUCCCGCUGCGCACAGUCCUGGAACAGAUUCAAGAAAAACACAAUCUUGGCAGAAUAAAGAAAAAACUCUUCAGAAAUGCCCUGUUUGGCAACUUCUUUGGGGUGCUUGCUCUGUUCCAAUCAGGACGCCUUUCAAAGGACUCAAAGGCUCUCCUGGGGUGCGUGCAACUUCUUCAGGGCCUUUCUGAGCAUCAUGCGCACCUGAAAGAUCUCCCCAGGAAGACGUUGGCCGACAUUGUCGCUGAGAUUCCAGAAGGUGUGUUUGAAGAAGUCCUCUUCAGUGCCCUGGAGGAUGACCUCACAUCCGCACUCAGCACCCCAGGGCAGUUAUAUCUCUUGCUCGUGGGUAUCCAGAAGUUCCCAGGCGUUCUCCACCCAGAAAAACUGAAGGACCUCUUGGGGACGGAUGCUGUCAUUACAUCUGAAAAUAUUCCCAAACUGGUGGAGGUUUUGAAAAUGGCUGUGAAGUCAGAGAAGAAGGACAGAACGUUGCCGAGUGUUGGGCUGGACUUGAUGAAGGUUGCCCUGAAGGAAGGGUCCUUUGAGCAGUUCUGGAAAGAAGUUGUUGAGGACGGGCUCCUCAAAGAUAAUGUCGGACCCUGCAAUUACAUGUGCUAUCGGUUGCUGGGCAGUGCUCUCCCGCUCCUGUCUCUUAGCCAGCUGAAGAUGGUUCUUCAAGGGGAGGUCAUGCGCCACUAUGGGACUCACGUGGUGUCCACUCAACUGCCCGACAGGUUCAGGUUUGCGCCUGAAAUGGAAGCCUACGUCAGUUCAUUCCUGGAGGGAUGUUCCGAUGCUGAGAAACAGUUGGCGGUGAUGGUCAGUUUCUCCACCCUCACCAACCAAGGGAAUCCCAUCAUGCCGACCUUCUGGAAAGUGGUGAGGCACCUCCUUCCUGCAGUCUUGCUGAAAUACAUCAGUUGGCUUAAGGACAUGUUCCUGAACCCAGACUUAGACACCUGUGUGGAUUUUGCCACCAAGCGGCAGAAGCAAAAUGAGAAGAAAAGCCAUGUAGAAAAGAGUGGGCACAAUGUCACACGGCUGAGGAAAUGGAUCAUUGCCCGGCUGGUUGGAAUAGUUGAAAACCCACAAAUAAAGAGAGAAGAAGAGUUUGUGAUGGAUGUUACCAGGUUUUGCUUCUUCCAUGCCUUUUUUGAAACUAAGAAGCCAACCUCAGAGAUCCCUGAGACCAAAGCCGUUCCUUCAGUAUCUUUGAAUGAACCAUCUCGCACGGCAGCUGCAAAUUCAUUUUUCAGCUUGCUCCAGCACUUGAGCUCAAUGCCUGCCCUGGGGGAUUCUGCGAAGGCGGAAGAUAUGAGGAAGAAGCACCUCCACGGCUUGAUGGCUAGCGGGGAUCCUUGGAUUUAUGCCAUUGCCCAGUAUGCCAACGUCCUCCUUUCUUGCCCCAAAUACGUCAAGGUCGUGACACCGUUCAGUAAUGAAGCACAGACUGCUUGGGACCGCAUGCUACAGACAGUGGAAGAUCUGCGGAAGAAAGAGAAAAAAACUCCUGCCCUGAAGACUUCUGCCUUCCAACAUCUUCUGCUGUUAGUGGGCGUACACCUUUUCAAGUUGCCUGCUGAGUGUAUAGACCUUCUGAAUGACCUUCAGAAUUGCACCAAGAGAGCCUUUGGCGAGAAGCCGAAGAAGAAGGAGGCGGCGGCGGCUGCAGGUGGCAAAGAAGAGCCAGAAUGGGUGGAGGUGACAGUGGAAGUCCUUCUGUCCCUUUUAACCCAGUCUAGCGGGCUGAUCCGAAAGGUCUGCAAAAGCGUGUUCGGACUCAUUGCUCAGCACAUGACCAAGGGGGCCCUGCAACUCAUCCUGGAUGUUUUUGACCCACAGCAAGAUCAGGACGAAGAAAGUGCCGUUGUGGUGGUGGAAGAAACACACAAGAAGAAAACUUCGCAGCAGAAGGAUGUGGGAAGAAAUGGAGCUGCUAAGGACAGUUCUGAAUCUUCGUGUGAGGAUGACUCUGACGACGAGAGCGAUGAAGAAGCAGAGAAUGGAAAAACAGACAGCGAAGACGAGAAGGAUGAAGAGAUGGAUGAGAACUUCCGUCAUCAGCUGAUGAACGUUCUGCAGGCUGGGAAUGCGCUGGGUGGAGAUGACAGCGAUGAGGAUGUCGACGACGAGACCAUGAUGUCCCUGGACGAAAACUUGUCAGCUCUCUUUGCCGAGCAACAGAAGCGCAUUCAAGCCAAGAAGGAUGAGAGGGAGAAAAUGCGGAAGGAGAAGAUUUUGCGCAGGGACUUCAAGAUUAAGGUUCUGGAUUUGGUCGAAGUGUUCCUGAUGAAACAGGCAGAGAACCCCCUCGUCUUUGACAUCAUCGACCCGCUACUCUUGGUGAUCGAACAGAGCUUGAGCUCAGAGGCCAGCAAGCAAGAGCAAGAUUAUCUCCGGAAGACGGCCGACAUCUUCACGAAUCAUUUGUGUCGAUCCAAGCAGUACUGCAAAAAUGUGGCCCCCAUCCGGGAGGAACUGCAUGCCCUCCUGGAAAGCCUAGUGAAGCGAGCUUGCAAACAGAGCGACUCCUCAGUGGCCCUUUACUGCUUCAGUGCAUCUUUGUACAUCUUCCGAGUGUUGAGGGGAAAUUUAGCUAUUGAAGCGACCCCGCUGGAAAAGAAGCCAAAAAAUGGCAAAAGGAAGAACACACAAACGUCUCUGCCCUCUGUUGUAGGAAGCCUAGACCUGGAGCGAGUGACCGCCGCAUACAGAGACGCUUUGAACUUGUUUCUGACAAAGCGCAACAGCCCCCUCACAGGAUCCAUGUUUCUCGAUCUUUUUGAACGUCAUCCGAUCAUGUGCAAACAUCUCAUUGACACCGUUGCAAAGUCGAUCACUGCAGGGGCCAGACAACACCAGCAGGCACAGGCCUGCCUGCUUCUCCAGAAAGCCCUGCAGACCCGGCAGUUCAGACUUUCAAUUACGGAACGGGAGUGGGAGGAGCUGAUCAGAGAGAGCACCGAUCAAGUCACCGAGACGUUGAAGAUGGUGAAUGAGUUCAAGGUCAAAGUAGACCAGGAGAAGGUCUUGAAGUGCCUGGAGCUCUUGAACUUUCUCUUGAAAACUGUGACUCAGCAGAAGCUGAAUGUGGAUCUGACGGACUUGCGUGGUGUGCUGCAAGCACUGAGUCAGCACGAGGGAUUUGGGAAAUCCACACGACUUGGAAAUAUCUACUGGAACGUCAUGAUGCUCCUGGGCUUCUCCCGGCCAGCAAAGGAGAAGGUGCCAGACCAGCCAAAGAACCCGAGCGAAGCAGAACCCGUGAAGCGGAAGAAAAAAGGUUUCCUGCCAGCUUCGAAGAAACGCAGCAAUCGCAAAAAGGUUCCUCCCAACCAGCGCCAGGAGAACGGUGCUGAGAGCGGCAGCAAGGAGGCCGUUGCGGACGGUGCAGAGGCUGUUCCUGCCCGGAAGAGGAAGAGGAAGAGAAAGAACAAAAGAAAGAGAGGAGGAGGAGGAGAAAGUCAGAUUCAAGCUCUCGAGCAGCAGGGCUCUCCGGCCAAGAAGUUGAAAUUGCCACCAGGCAGUGCCAAAGAGACUGAUUCAAAGCCUGUCAAUUUGAAGAAGAAAAAGAAAAGAGAGAAAAAAGGCAGAAAGCCAGCUCGUGUAGAUGGGAACUGAUUCACAACUCUGGGGUGGGGGUGGCUUUUAUAAAUGUAUAGAGAGUUAACAUUUUGCACCCUUGUAUUAUUUUAAUAAACUAUCUGCGUUGUUAAUAGCGUA